CUUGGGGAAUGAAUCUUCAUUAGCGUAAGUAGGCUGGACGGCACCUGGAACGAGUCUAGAGAUGCCACGCUCGGGGUCUCAGAUUAGAUGUUCAAUGGAUGAUGACAUCGCUCGGUUGGUCAUCGGCACCCUUUCUUGACCGAUUCCCACAAGGUCACCCAUGAACUUCUCAGCGCCGUGUGCGAAGUACAUCGACGGGGUCUGUUCAGAGUCUCUGAAUCCUCCCUGGUACUACUCGCACAAGAACUCUCUCAUAGAUGGUAUUCCAGAUGAAUAUCUAGCGCUUGCAAGCCCCAUCAUCGCAUACUGGGUUCUCUCGCUGUUUUUCCACUACCUUGAUAUGCAGGACUGGAAGUCACUCGAAAAGUACAGAAUCAAUGAAUCUGUGACAGCCGCUUCCCGCAAUCGAGUCUCCAAGUCAGUCGUUGUGGGCGCCGUCAUCUUCCAACAAAUCCUGCAAACUGCGCUGGGUCUCGUCUGGCUUAGCCAUGACGGUCGUACGAAGAGUCUCGACCACGCCGGGAGGAUACAGAAUAUCGGAGGGUAUCUGGCUUUACUGGGGCUGGACGAAGCAACGAUGUUACGACUGGGUCAUUUUGUGUAUUGGUGGGCCGUCCCAAUAUUCCAAUUCCUUGUCGCCAUCUUCGUGAUUGAUACCUGGCAAUACUUUCUCCAUCGUUACAUGCACAUGAACAAGUUCCUCUAUCGGCAUUUCCAUUCAUGGCACCACCGACUAUCGGCUCCAUACGCUUUCGGUGCAUUGUACAACCAUCCGGUGGAAGGCUUCCUACUGGACUCACUCGGCACCGUCAUUGCUGAGUCGGUCUCGGGGAUGAGCACGCGGCAGGCUGCAUUGCUGUUCUGCGUUGCCACCUUCAAGACAGUGGACGAUCACUGUGGCUACAGCCUGCCCUGGGACCCAUUGCAGAUGUUGACUCAAAACAACGCUGAUUAUCAUGACAUCCAUCACCAGGCAAUAUCCCGUCGUCCGAUUUCUUGGCUUCCACUGACCAGAGCGCAGACUAUCGGAAUCAAAUCCAACUUUGCCCAACCGUUUUUCGUGCACUGGGACACGAUGCUGGGCACCCAGAUGACGCGCCAGGAACUCGAAAUACGCAAGAAAGCCAACAGGGAAAAGAGGGCCUGAUCUCUCAGAAAAACCUGGCGGGCUACCCAUCAAUUAUUGUACUUUUAACAGUCCGUCAAUACUGCUCCGUCAUAAGUAUGCUUACGAUAAUACACGACAUAAUGAGUCAGCGACAUACUGAAUCUUCCGUGCUGGUCUACCAGGACGCCAAGGCAGAACGCGUGAGGGGAACCGUCUCGACUUCGUUCUCGUAUUCGACUUCGACUCGAGGUCCCUCUGCCCAUGCUUUCAGUUAAUGAAUAAGAUUAGCAAGAGGAACUCACUCUUGGAUUUUUUGUCCGGACGUCUCGUCGGUGUCUUGGACGGCCCCGUUUUCCGCUUGCCAAGUGCUGAUUUGGGUUUCUUCGACGGAUCAUCCUCACCCUCAUCCUCGUCUGACGCUUCGUCGUCAUCAUCUUCUGCAGCUUGCUCCGCAUCAUCUCCGACAUCCUCUAGGUCACUGAGACCAUCGUCCUCGCUGUCACUCAUGUCGCUAACAAACUCUCGAUCGCCCCAGCCUUCGUCAUCGUCCUCCAACUCAUUUUCAUCCUCCUCGUCCGUCUCAUCAUCCUCCAUCUCCAGCUCAACAUCUUCCGUUUCUUUUCCGGCGUUCUUCUCCCGAUCCAGGACGGCUUGCCAUACAGUUUCGUUCACAUUGAGAGGUGCAUCGCCAUAUGCUUUGGACUUGAGGCGCUCAAUGAGCUCCUUUUGAAUCGAUCGCUCCAAUUGAGCCGCAGAGAGUGCUUUCCGCUCCCGAACGGCUUCUCGCCGGUCCAAUUUCUUCUUGAUUCCAACAAGUUUGGGUCUAAACGGUGCACGUGAAGAUGGGCAACGCGCGGAGGAAGAUAUCGUACUCUUGUCGCAGCUUCAUUCUUCGCAUUUUAAUCAGGUAUUGCGUUAUCUUGGUGAUACGUUGCUUGCAUUUGUGAAUGAGGAAAUUGGGCCAGUGGAUGAGUUCGCCGUCGAUCUGCGCAUGGGACAACGGUAAGCAGCCGGGCGAAGACAUCGAGCUUUGGCACACCUGCUCGAGGGCUUUUGAGUAGUUAUUGGACAGUUUUAUUCGUUCCCACAUCUUCGCAGGCGAAUGCGCACGCUCGAUCGUCUUCACGUACAGAUACAACACGCCUGCAUUCCUUCAUGAGCCCGUUUCACGUCUAGAAGCAGUGGCGGAACCUUCUUGUUCUCGGACAGUCGCAUAUCUCGAGUUGGCUAAUGGACAAGACUGUCUGUUGCAAAAACCGGUAACGUUGUACUCGUUCCGGCAAAAAUUUUGGGUUGUUGUUCUAGGGUAAGAUAUAGUUCGGCUUGUCAAAACGACUGGUGGACUGACUUGACUUUGUAUGAGCAGAACUGGUGGUUGAUAACGGACCAUAUAACGUCGUCGCUCUGCAUCGCGAAACUCUUCCGCGC